UUUUCUCGGGUUCAAAAAAUCAUGUUCGAUCGUGUUUCACGUCUUGAUUUUCGUUGCAUUGCGUUGUUAUUUUGCUUGUGAGUUUAAUUUUCCUUUCGUCGUGGUUGGUGCUCCGCCGCCUACUCUGAGCAGGAUGGCCGAGAGACCGGAAUCACCCCUUCCGUGCACAUCGACCCCGAAAUCGGAGUGUCCGAUUUGCAAACUGUUUUUCCCGAUCAAGACCAUCGAGGCGCACGUUAACGAGUGUCUGGAGGAGAGCGAAAAUAUCUGUGCGAAGGAGGUGGCCGUUCCAAACCCCAUCGUUUCGCAGGAGAAACCGGCACCACCGAAACGUGUAUUCGGAAUCUUCAAUUCGCCUUCCUCGGCGGCAAAGCGGGUGUGCCGUGAUGUCCCUUCAAAUCCCCCCAAGUCACCGGCACCAGCACCAGCACCGGCGCCCAGCCUGACCGUUCCGGCGAGCUCGGUAGUGGAGAUUUUUGAGGAUAAUUCAAACGGUACGGAGGAUGGCGAACAGCAGCAGCAGCAGCAGCAGCAGGAGGAUAAGAACGGGAUGUCGAGCAACGAAACCGUUCCAGAACCGCAAUCUCCUGCCGCACGCCCCGAGGUAACUGCUAGCUGGCCAGCAGAAUCUAACAAACCACUGGCUGAACGGGUACGGCCGGACAAUAUCGAGGAUUACGUAGGACAGGAGCAGGUCAUGGGACGGAAUGCCAUUCUGCGCAAGCUGUUCGAUAGCGGAUCGAUACCGAGCAUGGUCCUGUGGGGGCCACCGGGAUGUGGCAAGACGACGCUCGCUCACAUCAUCGCCAAUCGUUGCAAACAGAACAGCAACAGUAUGCGCUUCGUGAGUCUAUCGGCGACCAGCGCUGGCGUUAACGAUGUCAAGGAAGCGGUCAAAGUAGCCAAGAAUGAGUCACGGUUCAAGCGGCGAACGAUCCUGUUCCUGGAUGAGAUUCAUCGGUUUAACAAAUUACAGCAGGACAUUUUUCUGCCGCAUGUAGAGUCCGGAACGAUCACACUGAUCGGUGCUACGACGGAGAAUCCGUCCUUCAGUCUCAAUUCGGCCCUGUUAAGUCGCUGCCGGGUGAUUGUGCUGGAGAAACACACGGUGGAGAGCAUGAUGAGCAUUCUGGUGCGUGCCUUGCCACAGUAUAGAGCGAAGCUGGUCACCGAUUGUGACAACAAUAACAUCCCGAUCUAUGGCAAAUCUCCACUGGAACCAAGGCUUCUUAUCAGCGAAGAAACCGUCCGUUGGUUGGCCGAAACGUGCGAUGGUGAUGCACGGAUCGGGUUGAAUAGCUUGCAGCUGGCUCUGAGCGUCAACGCGCCGACGGUGAAGGAUGCCCCACCAAAGAUAAUCUCGCUCGAGGACGUUCGGGAAGGACUGAAAAAGUCACACCUUCUGUACGAUCGUAAAGGUGAUCAACAUUACGAUCUCAUCUCUGCACUACACAAAUCGAUCCGUGCCUCGGACGAUAAUGCGGCCCUUUACUGGGUCACGCGAAUGAUAAUGUCGGGCGAGGAUCCACGGUACGUUUGCCGGCGUAUGAUACGGAUGGCCAGCGAAGAUAUCGGUAUGGCCGAUACGAAUGCCCUGCAGGUGGCCACGACUACGUUGACGGCUGUGCAAACGGUUGGAUGGCCCGAAGCCGACUGUAUUAUUGCGCACUGUGCAGUGUACCUGGCCCGGGCACCGAAAAGCCGUGAAGUAUACGAAGCAUUCAAGGAGUGCCGUGCUGGGAUCGAGAACUGGAAAGGACCGAUGCCAUCCGUGCCAUUGCAUCUGCGAAACGCACCGACGAAGCUGAUGAAACAACUCAACUAUGGCAAUGGGUACAACAAGAUGCACAAGGACGAAUCGGGCCUGACCUAUAUGCCGGAGGGGCUAGAGGACCUGCGAUACUUCUCGGAGUAGCACCGACCGCUUCCCCCUUCCCUACAUACACUACACAUUCUGUGGCUAUGCGUUACUGAGGAUAGUACAAACACGAGUUUCUUUCAUUUCCAUUUCAUGCGCGUGAUAAAAACGAUCGAUUAUAUUUGUUUCUUAUUUCUAUUACUCCUUUAUUUUUGUGGAAAGCAAUAAAUCAUAAUGGAACAUGGUUCCAGUACAUCUUCUA